CUCCACCCACCAUGCUCGGCCAUGCCCAGCGUGUGCUUCUGCAGCAGGGCGCGCAUGCCAUGCGGCGAGCAACGACGUCAAUCAACAAAGCUCACCUUGAGGAGAGCAUCAUGUCCAUGGUAGCCAUGGACGGGAGUGCAAGCGGGGGCCUUGUCCGUCGGCCCAUCCAGCGCGUCCUCGAGUCGCUUCACCGUGCCGAGGCCUUUGCCGCUACCGACGCCCCUGCAAGCUACACUGCGAGUUACAAGCUGGCUGGUGGCCGUGGUACGGGCAAGAGCGUUGGCUUGGACAUGGUCAAGGCGUGGGCGAGUGAGAGAGGCUGGAGAGUCCUCGCCUUGCCCUCGGCCGCCACCCUCGCCACAAAGGCCAUCCACCUUCAGCAGGCAAAGGCUUGGACAACGGCUGAGGGAGAGCCGGCAGAGAUGUAUGACUCGUCAGACAUGGCUGGCCUCAUUCUCGGUAUGGUGGAGAACGCUGCCUGGCUCCGCGACCUCCCGCUUGUUGCCCCGCUCGAUGCCACACACCUCGGAGAGGACACAGUCCUUCCCGCCGGCGAUGCAGACCUCGGCAAGGCCUUUGAUCUUGCUCACAAGUACGAGGCCAUGGCCCCGAGUGCUGUCGUCAUGCUCCGGGCUGCCCUUGCCGCAGACGCUCACUCGGCCCCCUCAGACGCUCCGCCCAUCCUCGUCGCCAUCGAUGACUACAACGCCUUUUUCGACAAGUCCAACUUUGAUGACGGCGGCAAGUCGUACGUCCACGCCCAGCAGCUCUCACACUGCGCCCUCUUCACCCACUGGGGCCAGAACCCGGAAGUCAUUCGCCCGCGCCACACUAUCGACUUUGCCAAUGCUCCGCUCACCCGCGGCGCCGUCGUCGUCGCAGACUCGGGCUCGGUCGUCCCGUCCAAGGCCCACUUUGACUCGGCCGCCUACACCGCUGCACACAUGCGGAACAAAGUCAACUUUGCGCCGUAUUCUACCGCAGAGCUCCGCGCCGUCCUCUCCGCCGCAGCCGCAGCAGGCGCCAUCGACCCCAGCAUAAUGGCCCAGUUCGACGACGUCUACGACUCGAUCGACCUCGAGGACCGUGGCCUCGUCGCGGCAGACGGCUCCGCCAAGCCGCCCGCUUCCGACGCCGACCUUCCCGACGCCUACGUCGAGUAUGUCGCCGCAGUCACGGGCGGUAACGCCGAAAAGGUCAACAAGGCCGCUGUUGACUUUUUGGGCUGAGCCCCUUCCCCUCGCCCCGGAGCAUAAAGCCACCACAGCCUCGCC